CUAAAUUGAAAAAGAAUAAUAAUAAUAUACUUGAAAAAAUUAAUAAUAAUACAGAUUUUGAUAAUCUUGAAGAUAUAAAAUAUGCUAAAGUUGUUAAUAAAAUAGAUGAUUUUAUGAGUAGUAAUGAUAUUAUAAUUGAUGCUGAUUUAGAAUUAGUUAUAUUAAUAAUGUAG